UCUGCGCUCCCACAACCCCAUUCCCAGCGUCUACAUUCUUGCCGUCCAAACCAAAAAAACCCUUCUAAAACCCUACGCUCUCCCUCUCUCUCUAAAAUCAAAGAUGUCAAUGAUCCCCGGCUCCUCUCGCUCUAAGCUCUGGAUCGUGAUCGGGAUCAGCGUCGCUGGUGCUCUAAUCAUCGCCGAGACCACCCGCCGCCGCCGGAGACGAUCGCUUAAAGGCCCGAUCUUGGCCGUAAAAGAUUUUGGCGCCUUCAUCGAUCGCUUCGAGAUCCUCCCUUCUCCUCAGCCACCGCCUCCCGCCGCCAAACUCCAGCUCGCCGGUCUCACCUUCGCCGUCUCCGACAAUUUUGAUGUGAAGGGUUUUGUUUCGGGGUUUGGGAACCCGGAGUGGGCGAAGGCCCAUGAGGAGGCGUCAAGGACGGCGGCGGCUGUCUCAUCGGUUCUGAAGAAUGGGGCCAAGUGCGUUGGGAGAACGGUUAUGGAUGAAUUCGCAUGUGGUGUCACAGGAGAAAAUUUACACUAUGGUACCCCAAUCAACCCGGAACUUCCAUCCUGUAUUCCUGGUGGAUCAUCGAGUGGUUCUGCUGUCGCUGUUGCGCUCGGAAACUUUUAUGUAGGUACUGAUACAGUUGGAUGUGUGAGAAUCCCAGCAUCCUAUUGUGGUAUCUUUGGUUUUAGACCUUCCCAUGGGGCUGUAUCUACAGUUGGCGUGUUGACAAACUCACAAAGUCUUGACACUGUGGGAUUGUUUGCACGUGAUCCAUCAAUAUUACGUUGUGUUGGAAAUAUAUUGUUGCAAGCGUCUUCAAAACCAGUUAGGCGGGCAAGGCGCUUUAUCUUCGCAGAUGAUUGCUUUCAGUUUCUAAGAGUUCCAAAGCAGAAAUCUAUGCAUGUUUUAAGUAAAGCAAUUGAAUCACUAUCUGGAUACCUGUCACCAACACAUAUGAAUAUUUGUCAGUACAUUGCUUCAAAGGUACCAAGUUUAAAGGAAUUUUCUGAGCCAUAUAUGAGAAUGGAACGUGCUACUUCUGCUUUCAAGUCUCUUUCAGCUGCAAUGAUAUUAUUGCAAGGAUAUGAAUUCAAAGCAAACCAUAGAGAAUGGAUUAACACAGUGAAACCGAGGAUAGGUCUGGACAUUUCUGCUCGAGUUCUUGCAGCAAUAAGUUCUACUCAUGAGAAUAUUAAAUCCUUAUAUAAAGUUCGGAGAGAACUGAGAGCUGCACUGAAUGACCUUCUUAAGGAUGACGGGAUUUUGGUAAUUCCCACAACCUCAGAUUUCCCUGUUAAACGCUGUUCUAAGAAAAAAUUGACCCCUGAGCUCGAGGAUCGGAUGUUUUCAUUGUUAAGCAUAGCAGGGAUAUCUGGCUGUUGUCAGGUUGUUGUUCCACUGGGGAAGCAUGAUAGCCAUCCUAUUUCUGUUUCAUUCGUUGCAGCACAUGGGGUAGAUACGUUUCUACUUGACACCGUCUCAGAUAUGUAUUCAUCUCUGCAAGAACAGAUUAGUCUUGCAUCCAAUUUAGUACCAUCUCAAGACAUCAAUGGAGAUAUGGAUGUUUCUGAUCUACUAAAAGAAAAGGGAAAUGCUGCAUUCAAAGGAAAACAGUGGAACAAAGCUAUUAACUACUACUCUGAAGCUAUCAAAAUAAAUGAUACCAAUGCGACCUAUUAUUGCAACCGGGCAGCUGCUUAUCUAGAACUUGGAUGCUUCCAGCAAGCAGAAGCAGACUGCAGUGAGGCAAUAUCGCUUGAUAAAAAGGUAAUCUGA